AGGAAAGGAGUCCUCAGGCCAGCGGGAAGAGUAUUCUUGCCUUUAAAAAAGGCACAGAUCCACUGGCAAUCUCAUUCCCCCAUCCCACCUCAUCCACACACACUCGAAAACAAGUUUUUCUUACGCUUUAAAAACAGUAGCUUAGCCUAACCCCCAUCCUCAUAAUAUUACCAUAGAACAAAUCACACUAUGUCUGGUUCUCGUUUUCCUCCAUACUCUUCUUCAACCCCUCCCUCAACCAACGGUGCUUCUACCGUAGAAGAGGAAGAACUUGCAUUUGAUUUUACUAUGCCAGAAUCGCUUCAAGUUACAUCUUUUUCCGACCCGUUCGCUGACCCGUUUGGCCUCAACGACAACAGCUUUGGGCAGAUCAUGAGGGCGAUGGAACCACCUGCUGUUGAAAUGCCUCCUUAUUCCGCUUUUGAGAGGGUUUUCACUUCGGCCUCGUCGGCUCAAGACGCCCAAUACUCCCAAUCGACGUCACGGGCCACCAUCCCCAUUCCUGAAGGAUUUGUGGCACCGACCAUCUUGCCAUUGGGCUUUCAAGCCUCUAAUGUCGAUCCAUUCAGACCCAGUUUGGGCAUUGACUCGGAAAGCUCCAGUCAACCACUGGCCUCAUACUCUUGUCCACUGCCAACCCAUCAAAAUGGCAACUCUGGCAGUGUCUUCACUUCAGCCUCGUCGGCCCAAGACGCCACAAACUUCCAAUCAACCUCACGGGUCACCAUCCCCAUUCCUGAAGGAUUUGUGGCACCGAACCUCCUGCCAUUGGGCUUCCAAGCCUCUAAUCUCGAUCCAUUCAGACCCAGUUUGGGUAUUGACUCGGAAAGCUCCAGUCAACCACUGGCCUCAUACUCUUGUCCACUGCCAACCCAUCAAAAUGGCAACUCUGGCAGUGUCUUCACUUCAGCCUCGUCGGCCCAAGACGCCACAAACUUCCAAUCAACCUCACGGGUCACCAUCCCCAUUCCUGAAGGAUUUGUGGCACCGAACCUCCUGCCAUUGGGCUUCCAAGCCUCUAAUCUCGAUCCAUUCAGACCCAGUUUGGGUAUCGACUCGGAAAGCUCCAGUCAACCACUGGCCUCAUACUCCUAUCCAUUGCCAACCCAUCAAAAUGGCAACUCUGGCAGUGUCCCACUGCCAACCCAUCAAAACGGCAACUCUGGCAGUUCCCCACUGCCGGUUCAUUCUCACACAGACCCACGUCUCUCCCUCAACUAUCAGUCUGGUAGGGAUCUCUCCACAUUUUCACCACACACAUUUCCGGAGAUUAAUCAAACUAAACCUUUGCGUUGGACCUUCGACCAAUUUGAAUUGCCAGUGGUUCCUGUUGCCGGCCCCAGAAGCCUGCAACCUUACUCUGAACCGCCCCAAGGAUCAAAUGCGAAUUUCAAUUUUUCGGUACCGUCGGUGAUUCCCAAUGGAUGGUAUCCCGAUCAAGCAAACACCCAAAACUUCUUAGGAUCUGAUUUUCCAGCGGUUCCCGUUGCCGGCCCAAGUAGCCAGCCUUACUCUGCUCCGCCCCCAAGAGCAAACUCCAAUGCGAACUUUUCGUUCCCAACGGCGAUUCCCGAUGGCAGGCAGUCAGAUCAAUCCAUCUCCCAUCGCUCGUCACCAUCAGUCAAAAACAAAAGAAAAAAAGGUUCCAAAAAGGUAGCUGCGAAGGUAUAUAGAUCUGAGAAGCGCAACUACCUGUCGAAUCGGAGGGGAAACGUGACCCGUCUCGAUGAAGUUGGCAAAAAACCUUGUGUGUGUGAUGUGUGUGGUAAAAUCUACAAGCGCAGUGGUGACCUGCAAAAGCACCAGAGGGAAAAGCACGAUGCCCCUGCAGCAAAGCCACGGGCCAAGAAGCCAAAGGUUUCUGAAGAAAAAUAUCCCUGCAAGUAUGCACAUGAAGGGUGCAAGAAAUCUUACAAGAGCUUAGAAUAUUGGCACUACUACAAUCACCUGGAAAAAGUCCAUGGCGAGGUGGUAAUUGUGUCGGAACCAGUAAGACGGGAAAUGGUGUCCACCUUUCCCGAAAGCGAAGAUGAAGAUGAUUGUGAAGAGCACAAUCCGGUUCCCGGCCCCUCACGGGAACCAAGCUCAUAA